GUCCGUGUUGGGAGGCGUGGGGGGGGGAAGAGCUGCCUGUGAGUUCUAUGGGGCUCUGUGUAGAGGACACCAGAUGCCAGAGCUACACCAGAGCCACACUGUGAGCCAGCCAGCAUGGCCAAGAGGCUGCUGGUGGCCUAUGGGCUGUGGGCACUGGGGGGACCACUGGGGCUGCAUCACCUCUACCUGGGCCGGGACAGCCACGCUCUGCUCUGGAUGCUGACACUGGGAGGCUUCGGUGCUGGAUGGCUCAGCGACCUCUGGAAUCUCCACCGUUGGGUGGCCACAGCCAACAGCACUGGGAGGCAGCACAGGGGGGCUGUACCAGCACUGAGCCCCAUACGCCUGGUGGGGCAGGUGGUCGUGGGGAUCUAUUUUGGAUUGAUGGCUGCAUUGGCGCUGCCCUGGGUACCCCAGCUGCUGGCCCAGCCGCUGGCUGUGGGGCUGGGUGUGCUCCUAACAGCCUCUGUGGGUCAACAGAGCACCAAAGCACACCGCGUCCUUACUGCAGCCUUCCUCACCUCCCUCCUCUUCCAGGCCCAGCUGCUGGCGGUGCUGCCCUCCAGCUUGGCUGCAGGCAUGGCUGCACAGCGGCACCGCCGCCAUCAGCAUCCCAUUGAGCCUCCAUUGAGGCUCCGAGCCCGACUCUUCCGUCUGGGCAUGGCCUAUAUGGCCUUUGCCAUCCCAGUGGGUUAUAGCCUGCUGCACAGCACCGCCGGGGUCUUGGGCUGGGUGGGGGCUAUCCCCAUGAGGUCCUUCCAGAGCCUGGCUUGGCUGCUGGGGCUCAAAGCUGGGACUGGAGGAUGCACUGAGCGGCAGCUGUGGGCUUCUCAGGUUCUCGGCGUCCCGCCCUGCUCUGGCAUUGAGGAGGUUCAGAGGAGCUACAGGGAACUGGUGAAGCUUUGGCACCCCGACCACAACAUGCAACGGGCUGAAGAAGCCGAGCAACGCUUCAUUGAGCUGCAGGAAGCCUACGAGGUGCUGGGAGGACCCCGAAGGGCAGCAGCAGGAGGAGGCUGAGCCCAGCGUGCAGCAGCAUUGAUGGGGGGUUGCAAUAUGGGGGUUUAUAACACGAGGUUUCUUUGCA